AUGUCUGGGUGUCUUGAAUUCUUGAAGUGUGUACUUUGUUGUGUAGAAGAACAUGAAGAAGAUGUCCUCGAAGGGUUAGUUUCAAGCUCAAGAAGAAAUUCAUUAGAUGUUGGAUCAACAUUCAUUAGGUCUGUGGAAAGAAUCUCUGAUAGACUUCAGGGUUCCAAUAAUUACACAUAUGCACCUAUAUAUUUCGAUGAUCCACCUAGAUCUUCCUCUGCAUUACCUCCACCUUCAUCAAAAUUUCUCUCACCUCCUUCAAUUUCAACACCUACACGGCCUAAACCCCAAACAUCAUCUGCUAAUCAAUCUCAAUUUUUACUUAAUCCGGCAACAAUUUCUUCUAGACGCUCUCCAUUUCCACCAGCACCUUCAACAACUUCAUCGAAAUCAUCCUCUCAAGCUACAACAAUUUCCUUCACAUCAUCUCCAUUACCACCUCCACCGUCAACUUCUUCAUCAAAAUCAUCCCAUCAAGCUCCUACUCCUGCUUCCCAUACAUCUCCAUCUCCCAAACCACUCCCAUCAUUCCUUAAACCCGCAAUUUCACCGUCUAAACCCUAUCCAUCUUCACGUAAAGCAUCCUCAUCUUCCCCAGGACCAUCUUCAUUAUCCUCUAAGCAGCCUCCAUCCUUCCGACCAACUCUGUCUCUGGCUUCCCCAAAUUUAAUUAAUGCGCAGACAAAAGUCAGCUACAUGCGGGUUCAGAAGGAUAUGUCACCUAUUUAUGCGAUUCCUGAUGAUAUUGAGGACUUGAUCAGGAGAGGCAAGGUGCCUCAAGUUCUUAAUGAAUCGCUGUCUCCUUCAACGUACAAGGAUUAUUUUGCUGCUCUUCUGUAUGCUGAGGACUUCUACAUUGAGAAAUGGAGUAAAUUUAAAUUGGAGAAUAUUACUCUCAAGUUGCAAGAUGCAGAAAUCAUUAAGAAGUCAACCGGGAAAGAAUACUUCUGUGAAACUUUUGAGGAUGAUAAAACCUUUGUAGAAUUUGAUAUUGACUCUUGUCGUGAGAGGCGGCCAUUUCUUUUGUCCAGAGACUUUGCCUUUGCGCGACCUUCAGGUCAAAAAACCGAGCCAUAUAAGGGUAUUAUCUACCGCGUGGUGAGGAGCACUCGUGUAUUGGUUGAAUUUGGUGAAGAUUUUCUUUUGGAGCAUCAUUCAACCCGUAAAUAUGAUGUCAACUUCUCAUUUAACAGAGUUUGUUUGAAAAGGGCUCACCAAGCAAUCGAAGCGGCUUCAGAUCCUUCGUUUAGAAGUUUCCUAUUCCCUGAUUGUGUCCCCAGAGAGAUUAUCCCAACCUCUACACGUCUCCAUUUUUGCAAUCAUAAACUCGAUGUGUAUCUUAGCUCUGCAGUUCGUGAGAUUUUGAGCUUUCGAGGACCACCACCUUAUCUUAUUGAAGGUCCACUUUGUGCAGAAAAACAUUCAAAACAACUAUCAAGAACUGGAUUGGUAGUCCAGGAAGCAGUACAACAAAUUUACCGAAGCUCGUCAAAGCAUCGAAUUCUGAUAUGUGCACCUAUUAACAGAACAUGUGAUGUGCUGAUGCAAGGCUUAAAGAAUGACAUUCCAACGUCAGAUAUGUUUAGAGCAAAUGCUGCUUUUCGAGAGAUAGAUGGGGUGCCUAUUGACAUCCUACCAUCAUGUGCGUACAAAGGGGAGUGUUUUACUUGUCCUUCUCUUCAGGAACUCCGGAAAUUUAGAAUAAUCUUCUCUACUUAUGUUACUACUGAGCCAGAAGCAAUGGUGGCUCUGGCUAAUUUGGCUGGUGAGAAUACAGCAGUGAUAGUUACUGGUGCACCAGGAAACCAUUCAGGCUGGGUUCGCUCCGAUAUUGCAAGGGAGAAAGGACUAAUGACAUCCUAUUUUGAAAGAAUUCGUGACAGCAAGCCUGAGAGUAAGCCAGUUGAUACUUAUAGCUAUGCAUCAUUCUCUGAUGACUAA